AUGGUUCGCAGGUACAUCCGCAAGCUUCGCGAGAAGGCCAGAAAGGCAGAGGACGCAGCCAAGCUGGUCGAAGAUGGAAACCAAGAGAGCAUGGAGAAGAACGCGUCACUGAACGAGGGCCACCUUCAUGCAGGAUCUCCUCUCAUCGCUGAUCACAUCGCUAAGCUCGAGGAUGCCAAACCUCCCGAUCUUGCGCCAUCGUUAGAUCAAAAUGCUUCCAACUUGCCAAGGGCUGAUUCUGCUCCGCGCCGACAAACCCAGCAGCAACCCACUGCUUUCACCAAGUUCAGCGAGCUUCCACUGGAGCUGAGACUCAUAAUCUGGAAACACGCCCUUCCUGCUCGUCGAGUUCUGUGUAUCCAUGGCCGCGAAAUCCUUGUCCGUGACAAGAGUAUCGUUUUCAAUGACAACAGUGAAAAAGGAUUCCACCUCUGCAACCUGUCACAAUAUGGCUUGGUCUUUAGUACCACUGAUGCCGACAUCAAUAUGUUGAGUGCUUGCUGGGAGUCUCGACAUGUUGCCAUCAAGGCAUACCCUAUCCACCUGCUAUCAGAGGACAACAGCAAAGAGAUUCGUAUGCACUCAGAUGAUAUAGUUGUGAUUGAUAAUUUGGACGUAUUCUUGGACGCGGUAAAUGACAUCACCAAGUCGGAACUUAUGAUUUUCAAAAAGCUCUCCGCACUAGGCUCUAUUCAAAACCUGUCGCUCGUGCUUACGAGUGACAAUGCAGAUGGCGGGAAAAGCCUGAGGACUCUCUUCAAACAUCCACAAGCGGUUCUCAUACGCCAUGUCACCUUCAAGUCAUUAUUCCCGAGUGUCAAGACUAUCACAAUUGUCUGCGAUCAUAAUGAUCCCAUCAAUGGAGGAAGUAUUGAAAGGCUCGUCAAUGUUGAAAAAUACGGAUCUGAUGAAAUUCCCCGAGGCUUGGAUGGGAAAGUCAAAUACUACCAUCACACUUACAACAUUAUUCGGAGCUCAUUCCCGGAUUCCGCAACAUCUCUUACCCGAACAUGGAGAUUGCGGUAA